GCUCACAGGGUAGCCAGGCAGCACAACAAAGGCUUCACGCUCCUAGAAAGCAGCCGCGGUGACCUAAAGCUUUGCUUGGUGUAGAUUACAAUAAAUAAUCUUUUCUUUCCAGAACAGGAUUAUGGCCUAUAAAAUGCUUCAAGUAGCCCUGUGUUCAACAUUGCUUAUAGGAGCGUUGGGAGCGCCAUUUUUGUUGGAGGACCCAGCAAACCAGUUCCUACAUCUCAAAAGACGUAUAUAUUUGCAGGAUUACUGGGACCCAGAUCAGAAUCCAAAUAUGUGGGGCAACUCGCUGGCUGAUCAGGUUCAUGAAACAUGGACUGCUUUGAAAACAACAGCACAGUAUUAUCUGAAUGUGAAUGCCUUCGCUUCUGACAUAUCCACUGCCCAGUAAAUGUGCUUUGAUGGUUAAACCAGGAGAGCAAAAACAGUGGGAGUCAACAUGGCAAUGGACCCAAACCAUGGGCUUUGGAGACCUGGAGGCAAAUCCAUGCCAUUUACAAGAUUAUUUAACAUGUCCGUCUCGUGGAGCUGUGGAAAGGAGUAAAUAUGAAAACCCAAGUAGAGACCUAGAAUUAGAAGUUCUCAAUAAAUUGUACCUCUUAAAAUGAGAAUUUAAAUAAUGACUAUAGUAAUAACAUUUACCAAAAAGGGGCUUUUAUGGACAAGGAAAUA